UGUGUGGAGAGCAAGCGAGAGGAGUCAGCUGGUCGAAAAGUGCAGGUUGAGAGCGGUGCAUGUGUGUGUGUGUGUGCGUGUGUGUGUGUGUGUGUGUGUACGUGAGUGUGUGUACGUGUGCAGAGGAGCGCACCUCCGGGGGGAACAAGGUGAAGGCGGCUGAACAGCGGACGGAGUUUUCUGGGUGGAAGCAGUUUGUGUGGAGCUCCAGACGAGGACGGACGAGGCGCGCCGGGUGCUGCUGCUGCUGGACACGAUUCCUGAGCUGCGUGCUGCCCUCUGAUCACAGGUGCUGGUGAGACCAGAGGGUGCCAUUCCCUAUAGAGGGAAUACUGAAGGAACACCAUGGCCUUAGCGGGAUGCCCUGACUACUUCUUACGUCACUCAAACUACCAGGAAAGCAUGGACCGCACUUCCUCUCGCAGGCCCGACGAGCUGAUUGUUCCAGGCUUUCAACGCUCGGCCAAUCAAAAUUUGCCACAUCACCAUGACGACGACGUGGACCUGGAGCAGCUGGUGAAUGACAUGAACUCCUCCAUGGAGAGCGUGUACCCCGUGCAGGCAGACACGGCGCUGCUCCUGAACAACGGCCACGUGCACACUCCCAACCACCACCAACAUACGCACCCUGCCUACCCGGGACACGGCCAGGCCCACCGUCGUCACACCCCGCCUCUGCGGCACUCUCAGCCCAUGCACAUCCAGGCCGUCAGGUGCCUGCAGGAAGAGCAUCAGCUGCGUCCAGCCUCCCUGCCCGCCAUCCCCAAUCCUUUCCCUGAGCUCUGCAGUCCAGCAAGCUCCCCCGUCCUCAGCCCCAUACAGAGCUCCGACAACCACAUAGUGAAGGUGUGGAGCGAGGAUGGGGCCGGUAAGGUGGUGGAGAUCCCGGCGGACAUGACGGCCAGAGAUGUGUGUCAGCUCCUGGUCUACAAGAGCCACUGUCUGGACGACAACGCCUGGACGCUGGUGGAGCAUCACCCCAUCCUUGGCCUUGAGCGGUGUCUGGAGGACCAUGAGCUGGUGGUUCAGGUUCAAGCCUCCAUGAGCAGCGACAGUAAAUUCCUCUUCAGGAAGAACUAUGCCAAAUAUGAAUUCUUCAGGAACCCCCUGAACUUUUUUCCAGAGCAGAUGGUGGCGUGGUGUCAGGAGUCUGAUGGCUCAAUCCCUCAGUCACAGCUCUUACAGAACUUUCUGAACUCCAGCAGCUGUCCUGAGAUCCAGGGUUAUCUGUACGUGAAGGAGCCCGGACGCAGGUCCUGGAAGAAACUCUACAUGUUCCUGCGACGCUCUGGGCUCUACUACUCCACUAAAGGAACAUCCAAGGAGCCUCGACACCUGCAGCUGCUGUCAGACCUGGAGGACAGCAACAUCUUCACCAUCAUCACAGGAAGAAAACUCCACAACGCUCCCACAGACUACCAGUUCUGCAUCAAGCCCAGCAAAGUGAGGAGUGACUGCAAGGAGCUGAAGAUGCUGUGUGCUGAGGACGAACAGAGCAGGACCUGCUGGAUGACUGCCUUCAGACUGCUCAAAUAUGGGAUAGUACUGUAUCAGAGCUACAACGGUCCCCAGCAGAGGAAGUCUAACCUCUCACCUUUCUCUGCUCCUGUGCGGAGUGUAUCUGAGAAUUCCCUGGUCGCCAUGGACUUUUCCGGGCGGACCGGACGCGUCAUCGACAACCCCGUUGAGGCUCAGAGUGCUGCCCUGGAGGAGGGACAGACCUGGAGGAAACGGAGCCAGCGUAUGAAUGUCCUGGGCAGUCCCAGCCCGCUGCACCCAUCCUCUCUGAGCACAGUGAUCCACAGGACACAGGUGUGGUUUCACGGUCGCAUCAUGAGAGAGGAAGCCCACAAAAUGAUCAUCCAACAAGGCCAAGUAGACGGGUUAUUCCUGUUGCGGGACAGUCAGAGUAACCCCAAGGCAUUCGUGCUUACCUUGUGCCAACACCAGAAGAUCAAGCACUUCCAGAUCCUACCGUGUGAGGAGGACGGUCAGGUGUUCUUCAGCCUCGAUGACGGCACCACCAAGUUCACCGAUCUGAUCCACCUGGUGGAGUUUUACCAGCUCAACAGAGGAGUGCUGCCCUGCAAGCUCAAACACCCCUGUACCGCCGUGGCCUUGUGACACUCCACACCCCCAACACUUCCACCCCUUUUUUGCACACCUCUCACCCUGAGAUCCCACCCCCCCAUCUGCCCCUCCCUCACCAACGCAAUGAGGUCGAGAAAAGUUAGGUCGAGAUUCGGGGAUGUGAACAACUCAGCUGGCACUGGUGGUUUGACUUCUCCAGUGCGCCGGUGCUUAUCUCAGCCUUACCGCUGCUUGGAUGUUUGAAUGUGAACCGUUCAGACAGCUCAAGCGUGCAGAUUGUGGACCCAGCAGUCGCCCAACUCCUGCGAUGUUGUCAUGGAGACUCAAUUGUUUUGUCAUUGCCAUUUUGACCCUGGAGAGACACCAUACGUUAGCUAAGGUUCAGCAGGAGUGCUGCGGGUCUCCUGGAUGGAUACCUCCCUCAGAGUCCCUCACCCUUCAACUCUCCCUCCAGCCUCCCUCAUCCUCCAGGCCUGAUAAGCUGUGGUGCCCGCCCCACCCUCGCCCCUUCAUGGGCGGGGAGCGCCACCCUCUGACUUCCUCAUCAAUCAUCAGGGAUGGAUGGGAACCUCUCUGGGUCUUAUCAAACUCGAUCCAGGAGUUUUCUCAACCUGUGCAGUCCAGUCUGGAUAAGCUGACACCCUGCCCCCCGCCUCCAACCCCAACACCCGAGCGAACUCGAUGCGGCCUCUCUGCUGUGUCCUGUCCCACAAUCCCUUGGUGCAACCCCGAUUCCCGCCUCUCCUCCUCCACAGGAGCUCAGAGAAAAGUAAGGAGAGAAGAGAGAAGUAGCUAAAGGCAAGACGAGCAGAGCAGUGGAGGGUUUGCUGAAAGGACAGAGGAAUGUGUAUCAGGAAGGCUGAACGAGCCUCUCUUGUAGAGUUGAUUACUUGAUGUCAUUUUAAUGCUGUUUUAUUACUGUUGAUUCAAUGCAGAACUAGUUUUGCACUCCCGGGCGGACAGACAACAGCUGUUCCCUCUAGCUAAAUGAAGCUGCCUGCUCUCUGUUCGUCGUCCUCCUCCUCCACCACCCCCCUUCUGAAAAGCAUGCAUGUGAAUUUCCAGCAGUUCUGAUUGGAUUACAGUGGCGUGGGAGCAAAGAGAGUCAGGGCUGAUUAUGCAGUGCCUUUCAGGAAGGCUUGGGGAUAUCUUGGACCUCCGUGUGGCUCGAACCAACACGGCCACACUUUGGUGAAAACAACUGUGCGUCUCAAGACCAUAAGGAAGAGGAGGAAGACUGUUAAAUAGACUCCUGAAAAGUGCGUCCACCCCAAGCUUCUACCGUUUUUUAAGAUUUGAAAGGGUUACAUCUGUUGGUGAAUUUGUCUUUGAAUGUCAUUUUCUUUUCCUAAGUCUGUUCUGAGCUCACUGCUUGCACAUGUUGAUUAUUGAUUUGAUAUCGAUGGGUUGGAGCUGUCGUGUUCGGAUCCUGACCACUGUUCCCUCUCUCCACAAAAGACAAAUCAACAAAAGCACUCCCAUAACGUUUUUCUUUUUGUUUGUUUUGGUAUGGAAUUGAUCAAAUGACUUGAAAUGUGAACUCAGUUGAUUGUGUGUCAACAUGCAGUGGAACGAGAUUCACUUGCCUUAAGUGAAAGUUGUUAUCCUUGUGUAUGAAAUUGAAGCUAUAUUUUAAUGCACAUACGGUAACGUAUUUCAGAUUUCAAGUGGGUGGAGUAACAUCGAGAGCGUUAGUGGUGAUCUUAAAUGGACAGUUUAACAUUUUUGGACUUUCUCACUUCCUUGCCAAGAGUUAGAUGCUCAGAGUGAUACCACUCAUGACUGUGAGCUGAAUAUGAAGCUACUGCCAUCAGCUGGUUAGCUUAGCUUAGCAUAAAGACUGGAAACAUGGGAAAACAGUUAGCCUGGCUGUCUGGAGGUUACAAAAAUCCUCCUGUGCACAUCUGUACAGCUCAUGAGUUAACACAUUAUAUCUUGUAGAAACAAUUUGUAGUUUAACCAGGGUUCUGUGCUCGACUAUUGACAUGAUUUCCUAAGCUAAGCUAACCAGCUGCUAGCUGUACAGUAGCUUCAUGUUUACAGUGCAGAACACGAUGGACAUGAGUCUUAAACCUUGUUGUUUUAUCCUUAAAGGAAUUCUUCAGCUGCAAAGUGACCAUUCAUUACCUUUAAUUCAUGAAUUUGUUUUUCUGGUGUGCUUCCACGGUAAAAAAAACCUUUGACCCUGAUUACUUCAAUUCAUGAUGAAUGUUUGCCUUUUUUGGAUUCUCCGUACACUGUGGAGGCAUUCUAGAAAAACAGAGUUUUCUUCACAAAUUUACAGUUUUGUGGGUGAAGUAUUCUUCUACCAUUUUUUAAUAUGUGUGAUCUGGGGUCCUCUCUCUUAUUGUACCAAAUAACUCAAGACAUGACAGUGGUAUCAGUCUGCUCAUCAAAGUCUUUGCAAUUCCCUAAAAUGUCAAACUGUUUUCCAAAAGUAAAAAUCAACUUGAACACGAUUUAGAAAACAGGUGUUGGUAAUGCAGCCUUGCAUUUCUGGGUCUGUUGUCUUGUUACGUGCUGCUGUAUGAAUCCUAUUUCUGCUGAUAACUGGCUAAACUACAACAUCACAUCCAGAUUUUUCCAGCAGCUGCAUGUUGCAGUUCAGUAACAUCAGUGUUGAACAGUCCUAGACUUCCAAACAGUGAGGGCGUCUUUCUUGAACAGCCACAACAAUCAAACAGGAAGAAACUCAUGUCGAUAGAAGUAGAGGAAGUCAUUUUCACACCAGCAGUAGCCUCAGUAGACCAGAAUGCCUUGAAGUCAUCAGGCGUGUCGUCAGUUAGUGUUAGUUUAUUAUUUUAGAUUCAUUGAUUAGUCACCACAAAACUAUUUGGCAACUAUUUGGAUUUUCAGUAAUCUGUUUUUAAGAAAAAAUGCCAAAAAUAUAAAGCUUCCAGGUUCUCAGCGAGCAUGUGCUGCUUCUCUGCAUCUUUUAAGUAAGAUUUAAGUGAACUGAAUAUCUUUGGACCGACGAACAGACAAAAAAAAACAAUUCGAAGACUUUACCGAGUAUCUUGGAAAUUGUGAUAAACAUUUUUAAGAGUUUUGUGACAUUUUAUUCACCAAAUGAUUCCUCGAUUAAUUAAGAAAAUUAAAAAGCAAAUCUUUUGAUUUAAUGGUCCAUCUAUGUCCCAACCCUCACCUGUAGUUAAGAGCUUUCGGUAGUGACCGAAAGAAUGAGAUUGUGGAUACAAGCCGCUGAAAUGAGUUUUCUCCGUGGGGUGGCUGGGCUCAGCCUUAGAGAUAGUUCGAGGAGAUCAGACAUUCGGAGGGAGCUCGGAGUAGAGCUGUUACUCCUUGGCAUUGAAAGGGGUCUUGUUCACGAGUGAGGGUUGAAUGGAGUGUGAGAUGGAUCGGCGGUUUGGUGGGGCUUCUGCAGAGAUGCGGGCAUUGCGCUGGACCAUCCUGGUGAAGAUGGAGCUGAGCUGCAAGGCAAAGCUUUUGAUUUACUGGUCGAUCUACGUCCCAUCCCUCACUUAUGGUCAUGAGCUCUGGGUAGUGACUGAAAGAAUGAGAUCGUGGAUACAAGCGGCCGAAAUGAGUUUUCUCUGGUGUCUGGGCUCAGC